UCGCCCGCCCUCUUGCACCCUCCACGCCGGGCAGCCGCUGCCAAAGGCCCCUGCUACGCACUUUGGUCCGAGUUGGCAGCGGAUAAAAGGGGUCUGAGGAAAUCCAGGACACGGUCCCCGGGCGUCAGCUAGGGCCUUUAAAUCCUCACGAGUGGAGAGGCUAGAGCAGAACGCGUCUGGGUUGUGGACGCGGAGAGAGCCAGCUAGAAAGGUGAGAGCCGCCCAGAGCUGCGAGCGAUCAAACGAACGAUCGAACGAUCGGACGAUCGGACGAACGAACGGGGCACACUGCCCGAAUCCGAGCGCAAAGCAGCAGCAGCGGCGGCGGAGCCUUGCGGGACCGGGAGGGAAGGUGCGGGGUGGAGGGGCGGCCUGCGUUCUCGAAAAGCCGAAUCCUCGAGCCCAAGUGCCCACUCUCCCUCGGCAGCUCCAGCCCAGGAAGAGCGAGUCCUGCUCCCGAGGAACCCAGAUGCCGGCCCACUUGCUACAGGAGGAGAUCUCCCCCUCAUACACCAUGACCACCACAACCACCAUCACAGCCCCUUCCUGCAGGGCCCUGCAGAACGGAGCAGCCAAGGCAGCGGCAAAAGCGUCUGUUGAGGAUGAAGAGGGGAUCAACUACGAGAUGCGGGAUGAUGUGUUUGACCCCACUUACCGAGAGAAGGAAGGCCCCAAACCCAAAUUCAUCUAUGUCUGGAGGAAUAUCAUCCUGAUGAGCAUGCUUCAUUUGGGAGCCCUGUAUGGGAUCUUCCUGGUGCCUUCCUGCCAUAUCUACACCCUGAUGUUCACAUUUGGGUACUACAUGAUCAGCGCCCUGGGCAUCACUGCUGGAGCCCACCGCCUCUGGAGUCACAGAACCUACAAGGCACGCCUGCCCCUCAGAGUCUUUCUGACGAUCGCUAACACCAUGGCCUUCCAGAAUGACAUUUUUGAGUGGGCCCGGGACCACCGUGUUCAUCAUAAGUUCUCUGAGACAGAUGCCGAUCCCCAUAAUGCCCAGCGCGGGUUUUUCUUCUCCCAUGUGGGCUGGCUGCUAGUGCGCAAACACCCAGAUGUCAUUGAGAAGGGCCGUUUGCUUGACCUGUCCGAUCUGAAAGCUGAGAAGCUGGUGAUGUUCCAGAGGAAAUACUACAAGCCCGCCAUCCUCCUCAUGUGCUUCAUUCUCCCCACGUUUAUCCCCUGGUACUUCUGGGGUGAGAAUUUUGCUCACAGCCUGUAUGUUUCCACUCUCCUGCGUUAUGCCAUCGUUCUCAAUGCCACCUGGCUGGUGAACAGCGCUGCUCAUAUGUAUGGCAGCCGGCCCUAUGACAAAAACAUCAACCCCCGGGAGAAUAUCCUGGUGGCCCUUGGAGCUGUAGGUGAAGGCUUCCACAACUACCAUCACACCUUCCCAUACGAUUACUCUGCCAGCGAGUACCGCUGGCACAUCAACUUUACCACCUUCUUCAUCGACUGCAUGUGUCUCCUGGGCUUGGCCUACGACCGAAAGAAAGUCUCCAAGGCCACCAUCCUUGCCAGAUGCUCCAGAACUGGUGAAGGGAGCUCGAAGAGCGGCUGAGGCCUCCUUCCCCGCUCCCCACCAAGCCAGCUGGGCAGAGGUCUAAUGUUCUCUUUAUUAACUACUGAAUAAUGCUACCAGAUGCUAAAGAUGAUGAUUUUUUUUAACCCAUUCCAAUACAGUAUUCCUUUACAGUGCAAAUGUAUUGAAAGCCAACAACUCUGCCUUUGUGAAUGCUGGGAUGAUCUUGCUUUUCCUCUUCCUCCUUCUCUUUCCUUCCCCUGUUCUGAUCACCUUUCCUUUCCCUUCUUUCCCCUCCCCCCUUCACUGCCUCCUAAGCAAGCAGCUGGUGUGCCCUGGGCCGGCUCUUUCUCUGUAGUGUCACCGUCGGUGGCCUUUUCUUUCCCCUCAGUGAUUCCUCUUCCUUCUGGCCCUCCCUAAGCCCCCAGGGGUGAGGAGUAAACCCAGAAAGCAGUCAGGGCCACUUUUCCAGCUCCUUCAGGCCAAGCCUCAUUCCCUACCAGCUGGAGUGAAGGAGGGUCAUUCUUCUUGGCUGCCGUUUCCUCCUGGAAACGAAGGCAGGGGAAGGGAAGUAGCAUGCCUACUAUGAUUGGGGAGAGGGGUGUAAGAAAAAAGGACGAGUUCUCUGCCAGCCAUCCUUCUAGACCGCUCCUCAACCAAAUGGGCUUGCUCUGUGGCCCAGUGGCCUGGGAAAUUUGGGCUGGAGGGAUGCUACACCAUAAAGAGAUGCUUCUGUAAAGCUUAGGGCAAGGGAGGGUCAAGCACACCUAGGGAACCAAGGGGCAAGAGCUGUAGCUCCUAAUGAAAUUGGCCUGACCUGGGGAGAGACUGGGGGAAAAGUUAAGGAAACAGCAACUCAUUGGAAAAGUAAAACAAACCAACCUCAGCGUCCCCGUAUCCUCAUUCUCCAUCCUGGAGUUUUGAGAGAAGAGGAGGAAGAAUGAGUGUGAUGGCUCCCCUGCCCCUCACUGCUGAGCAGGAGCCCAAGAGGCUGGGGGCAGGGCUUAGAAACAGGUCAAGUCUGAAGGGUCCAAGAUCCUUCCUCUCUCUAUAGAAAAUGGAUUGGAUACCAAUUCUAGAUGGAUCCAUGGGGGUCCCUUCUGCAGCAUACACACCCUGUCGCUCUUUUCCCACUGUUCUCUCCUACCUUCCAGAAGCUAAAAUUUGCCUGGGGAGGCACAGUAGGGAUUUGGGGGCUAACCCUUGGCUUCGCCUAGUUGCCCUUAACCUCUUCCCCCUCCUGUCUCUGGACAGGCAGCAGCCUUGGCUGGAAUUGCUCAGGGCUAGGGAGCUCCACUGGUUUUUCCCUCUGUAAUGUGACUGCCCCAUUCAGUUGACCUGCAUCGCCUCUUCCUUCCCUCACUGCCCCACUAUCCUGUUGACUCAAGGCAGAGCUGGCAAACCUGCUGGGGAACAUCCCUGGGUCAGAUGGAAACUCAGUUAAGCUCCAACUAAACGCCAAUGUCAUCUCAAUGAGCCAGCCACUAGGGAGGGAGGAGGCUUUUUUUUUUUUUGUAUUAUUAUUCCUUUCCCUCUCAUCCUCAGCAUGCUGGGUGUUCCAUGUUAACUGUGCAAGCCAAGCCCAGGGCUGCUGAGUGGCAGAGGGCUUCUGGCUGGUUUAGGGGGCUACUGAGUGGACUCUCUUGAUUGGAAGGGAAAAAAUUGGAAGAUCUCACUCUUCCUUCUUGCCUGCCAGAGCUGGUGUAAUGGUCACCACAAUCGACCAGUUUUUGGCCCAGCUGGCUUAAGGAAAUUGUGGGAAUGUUCCCACCACCUAGCCAGGGAGAUGGGUGAAGGAAAACCUACCACUGGGCUUUGAGGGAUCUCAAAGCACCUUCCCCUGAUCUCCCUUGGCUUUGCUGCUGUCUUCCUGGGAGUGCCAGCCCCAUGGUUGGGAUAGGGGUGGGAGAGGACAGCAUGCUUUCUGUCUGGAUUCUAAGAAUAAACAGGCCUGGGUGGAAGGUUCAGACUGGUUUGGAAACCCAGCCUUCUGAAAGCUGUUCAUCCCAAUAGGAAAGAAAUAGAUAGAAAUGUCCAUGUUUAGUUUAGAUCCGCUGGCCUGUGUGGGCCUACCCUUAAGAGAAGUCUGUUGGGAAUUUUAAUCCCACAGGACAUCACAAAAUAAAUACAAUGAAAACAGCUUAUCUCUUCUAACAAUGUUCAGUGAAGACCCAUACUCUGACCCUGCACAAGGCCAGAUGGAGUCCUGGCAUCUCUCUUGACUGUCAGGGGAAGGAAUACUAUGAGAAGAUGACAAAGCUCAAAGCAAAGAAACCUAUUUAAAAACAAACAAACAAUUCAAAAUGGACUCAGGACUGACAGAGCCUGAAUUUCCAUUACUUCUUGCUCUGUGGGCAGGCUAACAAAUUCCUCUGGGUGCUUCUGUGGGUUCUAAUCAGUAUUGAGGGUGAGUCUGCCUCCACUCCCCUCCUUGCUGCUUUCUCUACAGCCUCUCUGAGCAGAGAGAGCAGUUGGUGGGAGAGCUGAGACCCAGACCCAGCAGGAGAACCGACAAUUUGUAGGACUGCAUUUCUGUGCUUCAAUUUGGAGGAAAAAAAAUUUUUGUUUGUUUUUGUUUUUUCUCUGGGGACUUUCUUGUUAAGGGGCCCGCAUGGCGGGUGCAAGUAAUUUGAAUGUAUUUGAUUUAGGUGUUGUUUGGUUUUUUUUUUUUUGGUUUGUUUUGUUUUGUUUUAGAUUAAAAGAUGGUUGCAGCAUUUAAAAUAGAAACUUUCCCCUUGGUUUGCUUGUAUCCUGAAGUUCAGCUCACACAAGCCAGAGUAAGAAAUUGAAGGAAAUAAGAUGAUGUGUUAACUGUAGUGGUUUAGGGAGAGGGGCUCCCCUCCGAGUUCUGCCACUGACUUGCUGUGUAACUCUGGGCAAGUCGCUUAACUAUUCUGUGCCUCAGUUUCCCUGUCUGUUAAAAACAGGGAUAAUAAUACUGACCUACCUCACAGGGCAGUUGUGAGGCGGGACUAAUUGUUUGUAAAGCACCUUGGAAUCCUUCAGCUGAGGAAGCUUCCUACAAGAUGCCAUGGACCUCUAGGAGCCUGGCUUAGGGUAGAGAUGGAGUGGCUGGGCUGAGCUGAGCAUGUUGGGAAGGGGGGUGGAUGGUGGGGGGAGGUGAAGCUGGAGAGCUCAGCAACUCUUGUUGCUAUGGAAACAUGAGCAGGAUACCUUUUCCUGGGUUGGGAAUUUUUUUCCUUUAUUUUGGAUCGUAGUAUCUGUGACCUGCGAAGAAUAAUUUUGGAAUAAUUUCUAUUAAUAUUGACUCUGAAGUCAUUUACUGAUCUGAGAUUGUGUUUGUUCAUAAUAAAAGUGAAGUGAAUCUGAA